UGGAAUUAGGAGCUCAUGAGGAGCAGAGUGAUGACCUUGGAGAAGCUGAGGAAACCUUUGACUCGCCAGCUGCUGCUACUUGUGAAUUGACCAAAAUCGCAAGUUCUCUUCGCAGCUCUGAGCUAACAGUACAGGGAUUGAAAUGCCUACGAACAGACCUAACUGAGAAGGAACCAUGUGUCCUAUUUUGGAAUGGUGCCUUUAUUACUACAACCCUGGUGGAAGGAGAGUUGUAUCUUUUGGUUAAUGAUACAAGUUUUUUUAACCAAACACACCAAUAUUUUUUGGCUCUUGUUAAAAGAGGUAAAUCAAGGUGGAUUGUAUAUGGACUACAAUUUUUCACCUGUUGAUUCAAAAAAUCUGAACAUUUCAAUUUUGCCAAUCACGAAAAAAGAUAGAAUGAGGGACAAGAAAAAGCACAACAAGACGAAACGUAAGGUUAUGUGUGCAGAGCUAAAGCAGGAUGCUGAUGAAGAGGGUAUGGAGUCACAACAAACGCAGGGUAUAGAAGCUAGAGCCGCAAGUACAGCAGUGGUUAUGUGUGCAGAGCUAAAACAGGAUGCUGAUGGAGAGUGUAUGGAGUCACAACAAACACAGGGUAUAGAAGCUACAGCUGCAAGUACAGCAGUGGNCACUGGUGAAGCUUCGGAGGAAUUAAAGAAUAUCCGUCAACCUCAUAUUCCAUUGCCCAACACUUCUAAAUCUUUUUAUGUGACAAGGCAGAUCAAGUUCCAUGGCCGCCACAUUCGUAUUAUCUGUCAGGAGUCAAACGGCCCAUGCAGUUUGAUUGCAAUAUGCAAUGCACUCUUGCUUAAGGGUGAUAUAAGGCUUGAAUCAAAUGCUACCAUGGUCCAUGAGAAGGAACUGAUUAUGCUUCUUCUAGAAUUUCUUGAGAACCGCAAGGGGGUGCCAUGUUCAGAAUUGCCGAGACAAAUAUUUGAUAUUCUGCAAAAGCUUUCGGUCCCCCUAGAAGUGAACGUUGUCUUCAAUAGAACUGAUGGUUUCGUGGAAAUGCCACAGAUUUCGCUGUUUCGUGACCUUAAUAUUUCUCUAUAUCAUGGCUGGCUUCUAGAUCCAGAUGAUGCUGACUUUGCUGCGCUAUCACCAUAUUCGUCGUAUUAUGCACUUUAUGAGGCGUUCUUUGACCCUGAGUUUCAGAAUGUGGAUCUGGCCAAAAAGUUCCUAAAAGGUCCUCAACUCACUUCCUAUGGCUUGCGUUCCUUACGCAACGACCUGAAAGAGGAGGCCCCAUGUGUACUUUUCUGGCAGAAUCACUUCAGCGCUGUAAUUAAGAUAAAAGAGGAACUAUAUGCCUUAGUUACUGAUUCAGGUUAUUUAGAAAGUUCUGUGGUUUGGGAAAGGUUAUUAAGUGAGGCGGGCGGGGAACUUGUGGACUGCAACUUCAUUCCAAUUGUUCGAGCGCCACACAUACCACCUUCCUUUCAGGAUCUGCCUGGAACUAGCUCUUCUAUGUCGGUUCACUCGUCUGGUCAACUGAUUUCUGAGGUUUCUGAUGGAAGAAUUUCAUUUAUAAGACGGCGAACAGCAAAUCUGUUCACCGAUGACGACGACAACUAUUUGGAAUCACUUCAAAAAUUUGCAGAAUUGCCCAGAAAUCAGUUUUCAGAAGCAAAAACCUUGUGUGCUAAAGGUACCUCAUUGAUUGUUGCGGAUACAUCCAAAAUUGGCAGGAUCAUUGCAAGCGAUCUUCUUCAGCAAAUUGUGCAGGCCCAUCAAGCUAAGUGUAGCUGGAAUGGGAAAUUUGAUAGACGCAGCAUUUAUGUUAAUGGUCGUUAUCGUGCUAGGAUUACAGCACAGUUUUGUGAGUACACUGAUAACACCUUGCCAAUUGCUUACAUGACAAAUGACUACACAGCUUAUGUUGUGGAAGUGCUUUCUCUAUUUGAACUAGAGAAGUUGGGAUAUCCCGCCUUUUUUCGCUUGCUGAUUAACACACUUACAGAAUCAGAUCUAAGCACCAUGUCACAUUUUGAUUUGGCAUGCUUUUGGGAUAGAAUACAAAGCCACCUAGCUUUGAAGUUUUCGUCAGCCAGACAGGACUUCUAUGGUGGCAUCCAGAGGAUCCGCCGAAAUUCAUCAAGGAGGGUCAGGUGGGCCUUAAGAAAUCUGUUGAGGUCGGCACCAUUGGCUGAUGAUGAUGAUUGGAGGGCGUUGACCUAUGACGGAGGACAAGGACAUCCUCUUCUCAGAAAAGUUUUGAGGUAUAAAGGAAAGAAUCAUGAGCAGAAGGAUGAUGAGACUGAAGAGGACAAAAGGUUUGGGAAAUAUUUGAAUACUCUUGAUAGUGCUUCUGAAUAUGCGCGCAAUGUGAAUGAGCAUGCAGAGGAUGAUGAGGAUGUCAAGGAAGAUGCUGAUGAGGAGGUGGAACCAUUCUAUGAACCAGUCGAAUUACUUUCAGAAUUGGAUUUGCUGUACUCGCAUUUUCUUCAAGAGCAUCUCAGUGCGGUUCAUGAACUCCUAGUAACCUCUGUUUCUGAGGAGUUAUUUUUGUUGUUGGAAGAGCUGUUUGAAUUGUAUGAGAGACCGGAGGUUAUUACAAACCGAGUGUCAUGAUGGUUUUCCGCAUACGGAGUUCUGUAGCCUCCCUCCUUUGGGAUAUCGUCGCAACUACAAGUUGAACUGGAUGGAUGGGUCGAAUUGCGAGGUCUGAAGGUGUAACUCAAGCGCUCAAAGUAUAUUUGCAUUUGCAUCUUUCUUCCCUUUUUGUUUCUGUAUUUGGUUAUGAGCUCUUAGCGAUGUUAGGAAUUUAUAUAAAGGUUACAAACCAAGCUUGCCAAAUUUUGGAAUGUUUGAGAAGGCUGCAAAUCAAGUUUAUGUGUAAUUUGUUACAAACCAAGUUUGCGAAGUUCUGGAAUGUUUGAGAAGGCUGCAAAUCUUGUGGUACAAUCCCAGACUAAGAUGUAUUGCAGUCCCUUGAUUGUGUAAUCUGUAUUCAGUAGCCAUUCUGUCAUACUCCUCUGUUUAAUCUUCUGAUUGUGGGAUCGGA